UUUUAUUCUCUCUGUUUAUUAUUGGAGCUAUUGCAUUUGAUACUCUGUUUUUAUCAGAGCAUCUUUCUGUUUUGUGUACCGUUUUAAUUCUCCAUUUUUGACGUUUGGUUUCAUAAAUCUUCAAACUUUAUGAGAUUUUACGAACAGGGCUUUGAGAAUCAAUCCAAGAAAAUCUCGUUAGAUUAGACACACACACGAACACUUGUUUCAUUGUCUCUGUUUUUUUGUUCUUUCUUCUCUGUAAUGGCGGCGGAGUUUUGUAUCCGAUGAAGACAGAAAAUGCUCAAUUUUUAAUUUUCAUUUAAGAAACAAAAGGAUUUUUAUUAAAUUUCUCUAUUCUCAAACUCGAGAUCUCUGCAUCUGAUUGAAAUGAGGACUUUGAAAGGAAGCUUUGGAAGCACAUGAUGGAGCAAGUAAAGGGAAAUACACUAUUGGACUUGGCCAAGAUUGUUUAGCUUUUUGCACUGAGCUUGAAGAUGUUAUCUCUAUGAGUUUCAAUGCGGUGACAUCACUUUUUGAGAAGUAUAAGAUUGACCCUAACCAAAUCGGGCGUCUUGAAGUAGGAAGUGAGACUGUUAUUGACAAAAGCAAGUCCAUCAAGACCUUCUUGAUGCAGCUCUUUGAGAAAUGUGGAAACACUGAUGUCGAAGGUGUUGACUCGACCAAUGCUUGCUAUGGUGGAACUGCAGCUUUGUUAAACUGUGUCAAUUGGGUUGAGAGUAACUCUUGGGAUGGACGUUAUGGCCUCGUCAUUUGUACUGACAGCGCGGUUUAUGCAGAAGGACCCGCAAGGCCCACUGGAGGAGCUGCAGCGAUUGCUAUGUUGAUAGGACCUGAUGCUCCUAUCGUUUUCGAAAGCAAAUUGAGAGCAAGCCACAUGGCUCAUGUCUAUGACUUUUACAAGCCCAAUCUUGCUAGCGAGUACCCGGUUGUUGAUGGUAAGCUUUCACAGACUUGCUACCUCAUGGCUCUUGACUCCUGCUAUAAACAUUUAUGCAACAAGUUCGAGAAGAUCGAGGGCAAAGAGUUCUCCAUAAAUGAUGCUGAUUACAUUGUUUUCCAUUCUCCAUACAAUAAACUUGUACAGAAAAGCUUUGCUCGUCUCUUGUACAACGACUUCUUGAGAAACGCAAGCUCCAUUGACGAGGCUGCCAAAGAAAAGUUCACCCCUUAUUCAUCUUUGACCCUUGACGAGAGUUACCAAAGCCGUGAUCUUGAAAAGGUGUCACAACAAAUUGCGAAACCGUUUUAUGAUGCUAAAGUGCAACCAACGACUUUAAUACCAAAGGAAGUCGGUAACAUGUACACUGCUUCUCUCUACGCUGCAUUUGCUUCCCUCAUCCACAAGAAACACAAUGAUUUGGCGGGAAAGCGGGUGGUUAUGUUCUCUUAUGGAAGUGGCUCAACCGCAACAAUGUUCUCAUUACGCCUCAACGACAAUAAGCCUCCUUUCAGCAUUUCAAACAUUGCAUCUGUAAUGGAUGUUGGCGGUAAAUUGAAAGCUAGACAUGAGUAUGCACCUGAGAAGUUUGUGGAGACAAUGAAGCUAAUGGAACAUAGGUAUGGAGCAAAGGACUUUGUGACAACCAAGGAGGGUAUUAUAGAUCUUUUGGCACCGGGAACUUAUUAUCUGAAAGAGGUUGAUUCCUUGUACCGGAGAUUCUAUGGCAAGAAAGGUGAAGAUGGAUCUGUAGCCAAUGGACACUGAUUCUUGAAAAGGAACAAAUCAUAAAAAGUCACCUGAAAAUGUUAUGUUUUACUUGCACCAUUUUAAUCGUUUUAUAAGUUUGUUGUUACUUUGAUUUAGGGACAAAGAAGGAAUGUAUUCUCUGUUUUUAUUUACUGUUUGAUUUACUCUCUCAUGCAAAUGAUAAUUUGGAAAUUAUUGGAAUCUCUAUUUUGUAUGUUUGUGUUCUU